AUGUCUUGCAGAAGCUUGUUAGAUGUCAUCCAAGCACCGUUCACAAGAAAUCGGCAUCAGUCUCAAUCCGCGCAGCGAGAAGCCCAGCCGCUGUCAGCUUCGAGGCAAAAGGACCAGCGACAAGCGGAUGCUGAAGCCACCGAACAAAAUCUCAAGGCCGCAAAAGCAAAUGCUGUUCGGAACGCCCAGCAAGGACUUCCAGCAAACCCUGAACCAUUACCUGGUACUUGGUCUGGGCGACUCCUCGGAUCUUUACGAGGUAGUCUGGGCUCAAUAUGGAAUACUCUGACACAAGCGAACGAAGCAGAUACAGCAGUCUCCAAUGGAAAUGCAACUGCCGACAACAAAUCUUCUGGACCUGGUGCAACAGUCGCGACGAGUGACGGAGCAAUGGAGAUACACACACCCCAAAUAGCUACACCUUCCAAAAUUCGUCAAGCAAGCCGACUUGAAUUAUACAGCGAAGACUUCCUUCGAAGUCCGCAAGAAGAACGCAGAGCUUCGAAAGUCGCUGCGCAAGGGCCAUCCACCGAUGGGAAGACAAGCCAGAUGCAACGCUCAGUUGCUGAAAGAGGUGAUAGCUGUACAUUGGAAGAAGACACACAGCAUGAGGACACAAAGGAUUGUGACGAUAAUGCGGACAACGCGACAAGUUCCUUGAGUUCCUUGAUGAUGUCUGGUGCUCUCUCCGGGAGGCCCAGCCAGCAACAUUCGGCAGACGAGCAAGUCUCUCAUUCAGAUGAGCCUCAGAACACGAACUAUCAUGAUGAUGUCGUGGACAACACUGGGGGUUCCUCGCCCAUGCCUGACGUACACCAGGAGGGAUUGAACCAGGAGAAGUCGACAGAGCAAGCACCAGAUUCAGAUCCACGUCAGAGCUCAAAUGACCAUGAUGACAAGACGGACAAGAGAAGGCGUUCCUCGUCGAUGCUCGACGUACCCGCCGAGCCACUGAACCAUCACAAUGCGACAGACGAGUCAGCAGCAGACCAAGACCUACCUGAGAGUACGGGCGCCUGUGAUGACGGCGCAGACAACGCAGCAACUUCUCCACCGACGUCUGGUGCACUUUCCGAGGUAUCGAAUGGACUCGAGUUGAUCGAUCAGCUGAAUACAGCUUCACGUCGAUCUCACGACUCAUACGGCAAGUACAGUCUGCGCAAUCCCAACGUCUGCGAUUGUGACUACUCCUACGCGCACACUGCAGACUGCCCGCUGGAUAGCGAAGGCGCUCGUGUUCAAACUGAUGACGAGAGGCGACGGACUUUUCCUGGGAGGCUUGGUGUGCCGGAUGACCAGGACACUGCACUGGCCUCAUCUCCCAGUGAGCAGAACGAUGUAGAUCCUACUGAAGAGGACGAAAUUCAGCAAUCAAACAACAUCGAUGAUGCACCAGGCGAUACAGGUGCUGCUCAGACCCCGUCGUCGAAUGUAUACGAACAGAAUUUCCAAGUCAACAUGGUCCGUGAGAUUGUCUACGACCAUGAUCCAUUCCCUCGCUUCACAGAGCCGUCACCAUAUCGGUCGACACGAUCGCUCCACGACAAUUGGGCACAAAAUGGAGGUGACACUGGCGACCUCGCAAGGGCCACAUAG